AUGAAGAAGACGUGGCGUACAAGCUUGAUCGCAUUGGUCUCGAUGGCCACGCCAGGGCUUGCGAGCAGGCUGGCAAGACCACCGCUGAGCUCUUUGAUCUCGUCGAUGCGAAGCGCGGGGCCUCCAAACACCAGCAUCGCCAAAGAGACGCGUACAGCUGCGGCGGACACCAGCACAGGCUCGAAAUCUGUACAAGAUGCUCGUCUGGGCGGGACCGCCUGCCAUUGCACCUGCGGCCACACGGUCGUCUGGCAGCGCGAGAUCUUCGAGGGCGACGUCGUCAGCGAGAAGGAAUACGAGUGCGAGGAGGUCUUGUGCCCCGCCGUGAGCAUUCCAGGGCUCGUGGCCAGCGCGGAGUGCUCCUACGUGGAGGACGUCCGGGAACUCACCGGGGGCACCGUGUGCCGAUGCCUCUGCGGCGACCAGGUUGCGUGGAGGGAUCGUGCGUUCUAUGGAGACGUCGUCGAGAGCCGCGAGCAGCAGUGCCUGGAGGAGGUCUGCCCAGUCGCCAACCCCGUGCCCGGCCUCCGCUUCGAGGCGCACUGCCGCUUCGUGCCGACGCUCUUCCAGGUGCGCGGCGUCCGCCCUGUCGCGGCGCCCGCCGCGCGGGGGGGCCGCGGCUCGGCGCCGCCGAAACGAGGCGGGGCUGUGCUGCUGCCGGCCCUGGCCCUGGCAGCGGCCCUCGCGGCGGCCCCAUCGGCGUAG